CGCGGGAAAGCCGUCAGCUGUCAUCACAAAUUUUGCAAGCAAGGAAGGUGAAAAUAUUGCGAUAAAUAAACUGAAAAGACCGCCUAAAAAGUACACAAACCUGAGACAAAAUAAUACGCAAACAAUUAGCUAGCUUUGCGUCACGAAAAGCAAGUGUUUGUCGAGUUUUUUGUAGGGGAAUUUCAACAGGGCAGGCAAUUCCUGCGUACAGAACAAAAGCAGAACCUGAUAAAAAAAAAAAAAGCGCGCCGUCGUAGGCGUCUGGAAAAACUCGUUGCACAUUUCCCAAGUCAACCCAAUCCACGAGGUACAGUAACCAUGGCCAAGGUGCACAUCACCAAUGUGGUGGUGCUGGACAAUCCGAGCAGCUUCUUCAAUCCCUUCCAGUUCGAGCUGACGUUCGAGUGCAUCGAGGAGCUGAAGGAGGAUUUGGAGUGGAAGAUGAUCUAUGUGGGUUCGGCGGAGUCCGAGGAGCACGACCAGGUGCUGGACACCAUAUAUGUCGGCCCGGUGCCCGAGGGGCGUCACAUCUUCGUUUUCCAGGCAGAUCCACCAGAUGUCACCAAGAUCCCGGAACCAGAUGCAGUGGGUGUCACCAUUGUCCUGCUCACCUGCUCGUAUCGCGGCCAGGAGUUCGUCCGCGUGGGCUACUAUGUGAACAACGACUAUGCGGAUCCGGAGAUGCGCGAGAAUCCGCCACCGAAGCCCCUGUUCGACAAACUAACGCGCAACAUCCUGGCCAGCAAGCCGCGCGUCACCCGCUUCAAGAUCAACUGGGACUAUGGGCACAUCAAUGGCAAUGGCAACGGCGUGGAGAACGGCCAUGAUGACGAGAUGGUCACCGAUGGACCGUCCACAUCGGAGGCGGCGUCAGUCGUUGUCCAGCCGGAGGACGACAACAGCCUGGCCAUGCCCAUCGAGAACGGGAUCAAGGCCCUGAACGAGAACUCCAACUCGCUGGCCAUGGAAUGUUGAGAGCUGCCGGCAGUCCAAUGACCACACAAAAACACACACUCAGCCUCUCACUCACACAAACACACGCCGCUAUGGUCGACGACUUGAGGGAACCCCCGAUUCGGACACUCUAGUACUCGUCCCUCUCUUUAAGUAACUAUUAAUUAAAACAAACAGUUAAAUAUAUAUGUAUACAUUAAAUUAAUUACUAAACUA